ACUACCAAACGCGUUCUAAUAUUCUUAUGUUGCCCUAAGUAAACGGUAUUUAAUGUUGGGUGCCCACAUAGAAUCUUCUCAUCUCUGUUGAAUUUCCAGUUCUCUCUCUAAAAAUCUUUCUCCAAUUCUGGAGUCAGUCUUCUGGGAAUUUUGCUUUCGUUUAUUGAUUCGGCCGUAAUUGAAGCUGUAGAAGGAAGUUGAUAUAGCAUGGACGGGAAUAAUUGGAGGGCGGCGCAACCUCUGGCCCAGCCUCAGGGUGUUGACCCCGCCGCCAUUGCUGCGGCGGCGGCGGCGGCACCGGUUCCCGGAGCUAUGGAGACGGGCGAUUGGCGGACUCAAUUGCAACCGGAGUCCAGGCAGAGGAUUGUGAACAAGAUAAUGGAGACUUUAAAGAGACAUCUUUCCUUGGAACUUAAGAAAAUUGAGGAAAAAAUUUAUACUGCUGCAACAAAUCAGUCAGAUUAUUUGCGGAAGAUGUUAUCUAUGGAGACAAAAUCACAAAAUUCCAUAGCUAAUCUUCUGCAGGCUAAUGUUGCCAAUAGUAGUCAAAAUCCCCAAAUGCAACCCCAAGGUAAUCAAUCCCAAGCCCGGCAGCAACUACUUUCCCAAAAUAUUACAUGUUUAGAUUCAACUGGAAACGCAAAUGUGGGUGAUUGGCAGGAAGAGGCUUACCAAAAGAUAAAGGCCAUGAAAGAGACAUAUUAUAUGGAUCUAAAUGAAUUGUUCCAGAAGAUCGCUGGCAAGUUGGGUCAGCUUGAUUCUGUUCCUCAACAACCCAAAAAUGAACAAAUUGAAAAGCUCAAGAUGUUGAAGGUUAUGGUGGAACGCCUUCUUCACAUGUUGAGGCUUAACAAAAAUGACAUUCAACCGCAACACAAGGACAAAAUGGGCUAUAUUGAGAAGCAGAUAAUUUAUCUUCUUAAUUCCAACAGGAGGACCCGGAAACCUGCUUCAUCUUUGCAGCAAAUGCAACCUCCACAAAAUCAUGAUCUUCAGAUGCAAUCUGUAAAUGUGCAAGGCACUAUGGCAGCAAUAAUGCACCAUAAUUCUGUGUCUUCUGUAUCUCCACAGCUCAAGCCAAGUAUCUCCUCACCCCAAGUUCAUCACACACUUUCUCCUCAGCUUGCCCAGCAUUCUUCACCACAGCAAAAUGUGUUGGCAUCUCUUACUAAAACCGGAACACCUCUCCAAUCUGCAAAUUCAACUCCCUUGCCAGGGGAGUCAGAAAAAGUUAGCAUGGGCAUUCCAUCACUUCUUGGUGCUGGGAAUGUAGGGCAUCAGCAUACAAAUGCUGUGUCUGCAUCAGCUCAAUCUCUGCCAAUCGAUACUCCCGGGAUAUCAGCAUCACCGUUGCUUCCAGAAAUUAACAGUCUAGAUGGCACACAUGCAAAUGCUGUGGAACGCUUGAUUAAUGCGGUAAGAACAGUUUCAGCUAAAGCAUUGAGUUCCUCUAUUAGUGAUAUGAGCUCUGUUAUCAGUAUGAUGGAUAGAAUAGGUGUUGGUGAAGAUCUGGUUGCCAUGACAAAACGCCGUAUGCAGACACAGGAUGGUCCCACUGGAACAAAGAGAAUGAAAUGCUGCUAUACAACCUCAAAUGUAUUGUCAUCUAGUGGAAGUGUAAAUGAUAGUUUUGCACUAUGGAAUGGGUCUGAUUUGGAGUCAAUAGCAACAUCCAGCAUAAAAAGACUCAAGAUUAAGGCUAAUCAUGCACUCAUUGAAGAGAUAAGGGAAAUCAAUCGACGACUGAUUGAUACUGUGUUAGAAAUCAGCAAUGAAGGUGUUGAUGCAAGUGGAGGUACCACUGUUAAGUGUUGUUUUAGUGCUGUGUCUCUCAGUCCAAAUUUAAAAUCACAGUAUGCUUCAGCUCAAAUUCAGCCUUUAAGAUUGCUUGUUCCUGCAAAUUAUCCAAAUUGCUCUCCAAUAAUCAUGGAUAAGUUCCCAGUUGAAGUCAGCAAAGAGUACGAGGAUCUAUCAAUCAAGGCCAGAUCAAAGUUUUCUGCCUCCCUCCCAAGUCUAUCUCAACCGAUGUCACUAAGGGACAUUGCUAGAACUUGGGAUUUCUGCGCUCGGGCAGUUAUUUUGGAGUAUGAUGAGCAAAGCGGUGGGGGAAGUUUCAGCUCAAAGUAUGGUACCUGGGAAGACUGUAUGACUGCAGCAUGAGCGCUGCUCACCUUACUCACAAAUUUCCUAAAACUCCCAACACCUUCAUCUCAUCCAGGGCCGGUCCUGAGCACCGACGGGAUGGGCGACAGCCCAGGGCCCAUGCUAGAAGGGGCCAUCCAUAUAUAUGUAUAUACAUAUAUAUACAUAUAUACAUAUAUAUACAUAUAUAUAUUAUAGUGUUAUAAUUAUAUUAGAAAACAUAAAAUUAAAAAUAGAUGGGACUGCAGGAAGCUGGAAUCGACGCUUAAUUAAAUAAAUUUAGAAAUAGAAUCACACGGGGACACCUAAUUAUCUAUUAGAAUCGACACCUUAAUCGGCUAACUCAUUCGUCUUCAACUCAUUCGUCUUCAACGAUUGUUCUUUUGUUUGCCGGU